UUGAAAAGACGUCACCCGGAAGUACUUUAGCCGACACAGAUAGCGCAAGCUAACGCUACAGUUGGGUCUUUUGACAACAUUUUCUAUCUUCUCCGUUUGAGCACAAACAUGUGAUAUAAAUUUCGUUCGCCGUAGAUUAAUUUUUUUUCAAUCACUUUUUAUUUCGGACAGUUUAACCGUGAGUUAAAAAAGGGAAAACAAAAUAAAGGAAACGGCUAAUUUUUCUGCUGCACGAAUGAGCCUUUUCGUUUCGCCGUCGUUUUUCUAGUUUUUCCUGAGUGAGGGCAUGUAACCGAAGGAGUUCUUCCCGGUGAUUAUAUCCCUUUUUUAUUUGUCAAACUUGUUAUUAAUAUUUUCGUUUCUAAGAGGAACUGGCCUCGCACACCCUGGCAGGCCUUUAUCUGAUGAUAGUUUGAGGCAUUUUAGGGCUCUUCACUUUCACUUGAUUAAGUUGGAGAGGGGUUUCGACAAGGACAACUUUCAUGCGAUAAGAGUUCGUGUAGAAACGGCGUCAUAAUGAGUUUCUUUAGUUUUGGACAAAGUGCAGAAAUCGACGUGGUCCUGAAUGACGCCGAAACGAGGAAGAAGGUGGAACACAAAACGGAGGAUGGGAAGAAAGACAAGUACUUUCUUUUCUACGAUGGCGAGACCGUCAGUGGAAAGGUGAAUGUCACGCUGAAGAACCCCGGAAAGAGGUUGGAGCACUACGGCAUCAAAAUCGAAUUCGUCGGCCAAAUAGAGUUGUAUUACGACAGAGGAAACCAUCAUGAAUUUGUGUCCCUGGUGAAGGAUCUUGCCAGACCCGGUGAAAUAACUCAGUCGCAGAGCUUCGACUUCGAGUUCACUCAUGUUGAGAAACCCUACGAGUCCUACACAGGACAGAACGUCAAGCUAAGAUAUUUUCUUCGUGCCACAGUGGUAAGAAGACUAAAUGACAUCACUAAGGAGAUGGACAUCGUGGUCCACACCCUGAGCACUUAUCCAGAGCUCAACUCCUCCAUCAAGAUGGAAGUUGGCAUCGAGGACUGUCUCCACAUUGAGUUUGAGUAUAAUAAAUCCAAGUACCAUCUGAAGGAUGUAAUUGUGGGAAAAAUCUAUUUUCUGCUGGUGAGGAUCAAGAUCAAGCACAUGGAGAUUGACAUCAUCAAACGUGAAACGACAGGCACCGGCCCGAGCGUAUACCACGAAAACGACACUAUCGCCAAAUAUGAGAUCAUGGAUGGAGCACCGGUCAGGGGGGAGUCCAUUCCUAUUCGACUAUUUCUGGCUGGCUACGAUCUGACUCCCACCAUGCGAGACAUCAACAAGAAGUUCUCUGUGCGUUACUAUCUGAACCUGGUUCUGAUCGACGAGGAAGAGAGGCGCUACUUCAAACAGCAGGAGAUCACGCUGUGGAGGAAAGGAGACGUCGUCAGGAAGAGCAUGUCCCACCAGGCCGCCAUCGCCUCCCAGAGGUUCGAGGGCUCCGCCGCUUCCGAGAGCGCACUGGAACAGGCCGCCAAGGAGGAGAGCGGGUAGAGCCGCCGGCCUCGGCCUCGCCGCGCAGGACCCGUCAGCAUCCAGGUCACAACCCCCUGCAGCAUCUGGCGAGUCAGCUGUUUCAUAUGUAGCCGCCACUGCUGAUGAAGGAAGGGAGACGCACACACAGAUGGAGACGGUGUGUGAACUAUGAAACAGGUUGUAUGAGGCAUUCUGAAUGGCUUCCGGCUCCAGUCAUGUGUUUUUAAAGGGGAAUCAAGCUAAUCACCGUUCUGCAGUCUGCCCCGUCAGAUGAUGAAACCCUACAUUCUUUAGCUUUCUGUGUCACUUUCUGAUGCCAUUUGAUUUCUGAUCUCACUCUUCUAAAUUCAUGACAAGUGAAUCUCAUACAUUCCAUGUUUAUUAAAAUACAUUUCUAACACUGUCAUAAAACAAACAAAAAAAAAAUUUUGAGUUAACCUUGUGUUGCUUUUUCUCGCUUAGCGUGUUUUAUUUUGUGUCUGCACAAAGUUAUCAGAAGUGGAAACUGGAAUCUUUUGUUUCUGAUUAAACAAGAGGAUUAAAGUAUUAUCCCAUAUUUUUUUUAAGCUGUAAAUAAGAUCAUUUAAACCCGGUAUCCUGUUGAAGCUUCUAUACAUUGACUAUUGGGUGCACAGACUCACAAAAUGACCUUUCCCGUCCACGUGCUUUACCUCAGCAUUCCACUGAUGUUAGGAGAAGGUCUGUGUCCAGUGUUUGUAUUAACGUUUGAUUAUAUGGAGUCUUCUAUAUCCUCUUUAUUAGAGACUUGAAAGUUGUGCCUAUGUGUAUUAAGCAAAUGAAAUCCUUCUGCCUCUAACAUGAUUUUAGUCUUUUAACCAGAGAAAAAUGACAGUAUAUCUUUUGCAAAGUGCUAAUCACUCUUUGUUCCCAGAAGUCCAAUAAAUUGAUGCCAAAUGGAAUAAAAAAAUA